AAACAAAUCAAAACUCUGGGCUACUAACUGGAGUUCUCUUGCACUUUGGGAGGUCCUGGGUCGGGUGACGGAGGUGAGGUUGGGGCCUGGCAGGCCAAUCAGCUGGACGGCGGGUCGGGAGUAGCCAAUCACCCUGCAGAGGGCCUGCCCCCCCUUCCCCCCUUCAGCCCCUCGUCCUCGAGUCGGGGGCGGGGCGACGCGCUCCGCUCCUAACCCGCGGCGCAGUUAGGUCGGCGGGCGGCCGCAGAGUCCUCUGCCGGCACAGGGUCUGCGAACCAGCCAUGACUGCCAAAGAUUGUCCAUCAUUGUGGGGCUUUGGAACAACAAAAACAUUUAAAAUUCCCAUUGAACAUUUGGAUUUCAAGUAUAUUGAAAAAUGUUCAGAUGUUAAACACCUGGAAAAAAUUCUUUGUGUGCUCAGGUCUGGUGAGGAAGGCUAUUAUCCUGAACUUACUGAAGUUUGUGAAAAGCGCCUUCAAGGUUUAGCUCCUAAAAGCAGAGCUUUGAGAAAAGAUAAACCUGCAGCAACAGCAUCCAGUUUUACUCCAGAAGAAUGGGAAAACAUUAACGGUGAUAUAAAGAGUUGGGUAUCAGAAAUUAAAAAAGAAGAAAAUAAAAUGCACGUUUAUAACACUAGAACAUUUCCAGCGAAGGAAGAUCAUUUGCCUCCAGUUCGUGGCUCAGACAGCCGUUUUCAUGCUGACAAGGGAAAAUGUUCUCAAAGUAAACCAGCCAAAAAGAAAAUUCCACGGGAUUACGCAGAGUGGGAUAAAUUUGAUGUGGAAAAGGAAUGUUCAAAAAUUGAUGAAGACUCCAAAGAAAAGACCAUAAUAGACAAUAAGUCACAUUUGUCUAGAAUUGAGACAAGAAUAGACACAGCAGGUCUAACUGAGAAGGAAAAGGAUUUUCUUGCUGCUCAUGAAAAGGAAAAAGGAAAUGAAGCUUUCAACUCAGGCGAUUAUGAAGAGGCUAUAAUGUAUUAUACUAGGAGUAUAUCUGCACUUCCCACGGUUGCUGCCUAUAACAAUCGAGCUCAAGCGGAAAUCAAGUUACAGAAUUGGAAUAGUGCUUUUCAGGAUUGUGAAAAGGUCUUGGAGUUAGAACCCGGAAACUUAAAAGCUCUUCUGCGCCGUGCCACUACAUACAAACAUCAAAACAAGCUCCAGGAAGCCAUAGAAGAUUUGAAUAAAGUACUGGACGUUGAGCCUGAUAAUGAUUUGGCCAAAAAAAUCUUGUCAGAGGUCGAACGAGAUCUGAAAAAUUCUGAACCUGCUUCUACAACUCAAACUAAAGGGAAAAGGAUGGUUAUUCAGGAAGUAGAAAACUCUGAAGAUGAAGAUGGAGAGGACAGCAGAAGAAAACACAAUGAUGGCAGUGGAGGAAUUUGUAGCUACCUGUACUUGUAUAGAUUAGGCAAUGCAGACUUAGAGAAGCCCUUCAGCGUGGAAAUCGCUAAGCGCGGUGGGCUGGACCUCAGUGCCCUGCCCCCUGCCCGGAACGUGUCCUCAGGAAGCCACAGGGGCCUGGCGGAGGCGGACUCCGCGGUGGCGCCCCCGUCCCCGGGGCCCGGCGCGCCGCCGUCCGCCGCCCCGGUGGGCCCCGCUGGCCUGAAGAGCCAGGGCAACGAGCUGUUCAGAAGCGGGCAGUUCGCCGAGGCGGCCCGCCGGUAUUCGGAGGCGAUCGCGCAGCUGGAGUCUGCAGGAAGUGAAAGUGCAGAUGAUCUAAGUAUCUUAUAUUCAAAUAGAGCAGCAUGUUACCUAAAAGAAGGAAACUGCAGUGGCUGCAUUCAAGAUUGUAACAGGGCUCUGGAACUUCACCCAUUCUCAAUGAAACCUCUUCUGCGACGAGCCAUGGCCUACGAAACUUUAGAGCGGUACGGGAAAGCAUACGUGGAUUAUAAAACAGUGUUGCAGAUAGACUGUGGAAUCCAGCUGGCAAAUGACAGUAUUCACAGAAUAACAAGAAUUUUGAUGGAGCUGGAUGGACCAAAUUGGCGGGAAAAGCUGUCACCUAUUCCCGCUGUGCCCACUUCCACACCACUGCAGGUCUGGCGUCCUGCAGCAGAGACGACUCCAGACAGUGGAGGAGAUUGCAGACGUCCUUGCCAGUCAGCCGUCACAGAUGAAGAAAUGUUUAAAGCCCUUAAGGAAGAAGGUAAUCAGUGUGUAAAGGAUAAAAACUAUAAAGAUGCCCUUAGUAAAUACAGUGAAUGCUUGAAGAUUAACAACAAGGAAUGUGCCAUCUAUACUAACAGAGCUCUGUGUUACUUGAAGCUGUGCCAGUUUGAAGAGGCAAAGCAGGACUGUGAUCAAGCCCUCCUGAUAGAUGACGGGAACGUGAAAGCAUGCUACAGACGAGCUCUCGCUCAUAAAGGGCUCAAGAAUUACCAGAAAAGCUUAAUAGAUCUCAAUAAAGUUCUCCUACUAGACCCAAGUAUUGUUGAAGCAAAGAUGGAACUGGAAGAGGUAACCAGAUUCCUCAACAGUAGAGAGAGUACAGCAUCAUUCAACAAAGAAAAGGAGAGAAGGAAAAUUGAGAUCGAAGAGGUGAAUGAAGACAAUGAAGAGGAGCCUGAAAGAACCUCAGAGGAAGUUUCCAUCGACUGCCUUGCUUCUGAGAAGACAGACGAAAACCAUGAGCCACCAGAAUACUCUGAAAAACUUCACAUCUCCAAGCCUACUAAUGCCUAUGAAUUUGGUCAGGUUAUAAAUGCUAUCAAUACUAAGAAAGAUGUAGAAGCGUGUGCACACCUUUUAGCUAUCACUGCACCCAAAGAUUUGCCAAUGUUCUUGAGUAACAAACUUGAAGGGGAUACAUUCCUCCUCCUCAUUCAGUCUCUGAAAAAUAAUCUUAUUGAUAAAGAUCCCUCACUGGUAUAUCAGCAUCUUUUAUACCUGAGUAACGCAGAAAGGUUUAAGAUGAUGUUGACACUAAUUAGUGAGAGCCAAAGGCAGCAAAUUGAACAGCUAUUUGAUGACCUUUCAGACACAUCAAACAACCACUUUACUUUAGCAGAUGUACAGACCCUAAGAAGACAGUAUGAGCUUUGAAUCAAGAUGACUGUUAGACUUCUUCCAUGCAUGUGUGUGUUCUGGUAACGCUAAUAGGAUGGAACCGUAACAGCUGCAUGGACAAAACCUGCUUAGAAGAGAUCCCUGGGUCUGGACUAAAAAACAUUUUACUUAUUUUUAUACACAGAACAUGUAUAUUCUACAAUCUGCUUUUUAUUAGUUGUAAAUAUUUUCUUAUGUACCAGAGCCAGCAUCUUUAUAUUUAAUAAGUAUAUUUUGAACUUGUUAAAAAUACAUUUUAAUUUAUACAUUUUCUUUUCAUAACUCACCUGUUAAAAAUUUGAGUUACACUUUAUUUCUUUAGGCUAUGAAGGAGUCCUCUUAAGUUAGACAGAAAUUAAUUUCUUUAAAGUUGUUUUUUAGUGGUAAUAGCAAUGAUUAUUACCUUACCUUGCUAAUAUAUACAUAAUGAUUAUUACCUAUAUCUUGCUAAUAUAUACAUGAAUCCCAUUUUAUACUACUUGUGGAUUUAAUUCUAUUAAAAUGAAAUGCAACACUGAAUCUAUAUUAUGAAAUGAUUAUUGUAUUUAUUAAUUUAGAGCUAUAAAAGGAACUUAUUUUUUCUAAUGUGAAAGCUUUGCCUAAUUAAGAACAAAAAUUGCCAAAAAUUUCUACCACUUUCUACUAGAUUUUUAAAAGCUACUUUCCCACGUAUACUAUUAUGCAAGCAAUAAAACCACUGUCUUAAAGCAAAA